AUGACCUCACUGCCCAUUGGAACCCCUGGGGAUCCCGAUUUGUUUUCUGGGCUGCCGCCAGCCGGCUCCACUCCAGCCAACCAGAGCGCAGAGGCCUCGGAGGGCAACGGGUCGGUGACCAUUCCCCGCACUGCAGCAGUCACACCCUUCCAGAGCCUGCAGCUGGUGCACCAGCUGAAGGGGCUGAUCGUGAUGCUGUAUAGCAUCGUGGUGGUCGUGGGGCUGGUGGGCAAUUGCCUGCUUGUGCUGGUGAUCGCGCGAGUGCGCCGGCUGCACAACGUGACCAACUUCCUCAUCGGCAACCUGGCCUUGUCCGACGUGCUCAUGUGCGCAGCCUGCGUACCGCUUACGCUGGCCUAUGCCUUUGAGCCUCGCGGCUGGGUGUUCGGUGGAGGCCUGUGCCACCUGGUUUUCUUCCUGCAGCCGGUCACCGUCUAUGUAUCGGUGUUCACACUCACCACAAUUGCCUUGGACCGCUAUGUCAUCAACAGCUGCCAUUUGACUGCUCAGCACCUGCUCCCUGGAGACUCUUGA